AUUAAACAAGACAUUAUAGGAAACUCAAAAAAGCACUGAAACAGCAAAACCCCACCGGCUCUUCAUCAGUGGGAGAGUCCAAUACGAGUUCAAACUCUCGAAAGUUUCUCUCUUUUGAUGUCUCAACCGAUGAUUUAGGGGCUGUCAGAGGAUAUCACUCAUUCAAUUGAAUUGAUACACUUUCCCUUAACGAUUCUACAAAUCUCACAUUCAAGUCUCGAACUUGAGUAUAUACAUGAACCGCUUGAUUUUAACUAUCUAUUGUGUUUUUUGUUCUUCUUCUGUUGUAGCCGUUUGUUUACCUGGAAAGUAUCCGGGAAAGGGGGACGAAACUAGAGAAAGUUUUGUUUUUUCCAAGUUGGAAUUGGGUUGCGAAUAAUGGGUUUUGCGAAGUCUGUGGUGUCGGUUGGGUUGGUCGUGGUGGCGGUGGUGCUCUUCACGGCGUCGUCAUGUCUUGGGUCUACAGACCCUCGUGAUGUCGAGGCAUUGAAUAGUUUGUACCUUACUCUUGGCUUGCCAGCCCUUGUUGGGUGGGAAGUUCUUGGGGGAGAUCCAUGUGGAGAACAAUGGCAAGGCAUUAGUUGUGUCUUCUCAAACGUUACAUCCAUAAAACUGAAUGGCGUGAAUCUGGGAGGAACACUGAACGAAGACUUUGGAUUGCUUGCAUCAGUUAUAGAAAUAGAUCUUGGCAACAAUAACAUUGGAGGAAGUAUUCCGUCUAGCUUGCCCCAAACUUUAAAGAACUUUUCCCUUUCAGGUAAUAAUCUCAGUGGAUCCAUCCCAGAUACUUUCUCCUCACUAACUCAAUUGUUUGACUUGUCAUUAAACAACAACACUCUAAGUGGAGGAAUUCCAGAUGUCUUUGAAAAGCUUACGGUGUUGAUGACUUUGGAUUUGUCAGGUAACAAUUUGACUGGUCAGCUGCCACAAUCAAUGGGAAAUUUGUCUGCUCUUUACAAAUUGCAUUUGCAAAACAAUAGAUUUUCUGGUUUCCUUGAUGUCCUUGUAGAUCUUCCGCUAAAUGAUCUGGAUAUAGAAAACAAUCAAUUCUUUGGGCCUGUGCCCCAAAAGCUGCUGAAUAUUCCCAAUUUCAGGAAAGAUGGAAAUCCUUUUAAUACUACUAUUAUUGCAUCCCCUCCAAUCGCACUCCCUCCAUCAAUGCCACCUGCCGAGGAGCCUUCAGAUCGUUCUUCGCGGCAUAUUCCUUGGAACCCAUAUAACCCGCCUUCUGGGUCUGAAAAAUCUCAUUCUGCUAGAGGAGGAUUUCUGACAACCAAGAGGAUCAAAUGGAUUGCAAUUGCAGGGGCUGCAGUUCUAGUGAUUGUUGCUGUAGUUGCUUGUAUUUUAAUGUUAACAUGCUGUAAGCGGAAAGUGAACAAGGAUGAUGUGAGUCAUCGUAUCAAUGCACGUAAAGGCCUUCCAGAAAAACCAAACUAUAGUAAAUCUUCUACACAAUCCAAUAAGCAAGUGAAGAAUGUUGGAAAAGAGACAGUUUUGAAGAUGCCACCAGAUGUUCAAAGAGCGAGUGAUAGAAGAAUAGGUGGAGGCGCAAACCCACAGGAUGAACAGGAGGUACAUGUAAAGAAAGUGGCUUCAAGUUCAAGGCAUGCCAAGGAUCAAGAGCUUGAAAUGUCUGGUGUGGAUGUGAAGUUUACAAAACUGCAGCCGCCACCGCCCCCAUUUCUUGCCGUACCGAAGCUCGCUGUAGAUCCAAUUACUUCUGGGCUAGCAACUACCAAGAAGCGUCCGACUGAUAAUACAAACUUGUCUUCUUCGAUUAAAACAUUCACCAUUGGUUUGCUUCAGCAGUGCACAAAUAGCUUUUCUGAAGAAAAUUUCAUUGGGGAAGGCAUGGUUGGCAGUGUUUAUUGGGCUGAGCUUCCUGAUGGAAGGCUUGCAGCUGUCAAGAAACUGACGACUACAGCUUCCAGACUUCAGAAUGAUGACGAAUUUCUUGAUCUAGUCUUUAAAAUAUCUGAACUUAUUCAUGCUAACGUUGUGAAAGUCAUUGGUUACUGCAAUGACCAUCGCCAACGGCUACUUGUGUAUGAAUAUUUUAACAAUGGGACCCUUUAUGAUGCACUGCACGUGGAUGAUGAACUCCAUGCAAAACUUUCAUGGAAUGUACGCAUUCGGGUGGCUCUAGGAGCUGCAAGUGCCCUCCACUAUUUGCACGAAGUCUGUCAGCCAUCCGUUGUGCAUCAGAAUUUCAAGUCUGCCAAUAUUCUUCUUGAUGACAAGCUUGCAGUAGGUGUCUCAGACUGUGGUUUGGCCUCUCUGUUGACCGGCUCUGCAAGUCAGUUGUCCCUCAAUGCUUACUAUGGCUACGGUGCACCUGAGUCCGAGUCAGGAAAUUUUACUUGCAAGACUGACGUAUAUAGCUUUGGAGUUGUGUUGUUAGAGCUCCUCACAGGACGGAAAUCCUAUGAUAGGUCGAGAAGUCGAGGUGAGCAAUCUCUAGUUAGAUGGGCUAUUCCUCAGCUUCACGACAUCAAUGCUCUCACGAGGAUGGUUGAUCCCUCUCUGAAUGGAACAUACCCUGUGAAGUCGUUAUCACGUUUUGCUGAUAUAAUAUCCCGAUGUGUACAGUUCGAACCGGAAUUUAGACCAGCUAUAUCUGAAAUCAUCCAGGAUCUUCUACCUAUGAUUUGAAAGAUGCCAAAUCAAUGAGUCUGAAGAAAUCAGAAACAGCACGUAUUUGAAAACACGAAAAUGAUACGUGCAGAUUGUUACAAUCAUAGGUGAUUCAGAAACUCUCAAGGACAGUAUUGAGGUUUGUAAGUUUUAGGAAGCUCUUUCUAACAUUAUCAACCGUAUUGCUUGGUGGAAUUUUGGAGAGGUAACCAAGCUACAGUUACAUUCUGGCCUUGCCUUCUAUUUAUUACUCUUUACUGAAUGAUGUUCUUCUUGUCAUUAUGAUAAAUAUUUUUAAGGUAAAUGUUGCCUACUUAUAUAGUUAUUUAAACUGUUAAUACUUCCAA